CCCGCCUGUGACCGGAAGCGGAACGGCCACCAUUUUGUCUCGGGCGAUGGCGACCGCGGCGUUGUGGGGUUUAGCGGCCGGGCUGACUCGCUUCGUUCGCUGUUAGCGCGGCCCUGGCCUUCCCCUCGCACCCUCCCGUGAUGUUCGGAGGCGUUGGCGGGCCGCGCCGGACUGUGGAGGAGGCAGGGCCGCCGCCGCUGAUGUUGUUGUCCGGCGGGGGCGCGGCCCCGGGCCCCCCAGGAGGAGGCGGUGGGGGCAGCCGCGUGGAGCUGCUGGUGUUCGGCUAUGCCUGCAAGCUGUUCCGGGACGACGAGAAGGCCCAGUACCAGGAGCAGGGCCGGCAUCUCAUCCCCUGGAUGGGAGACCCCAAGAUCAUGAUCGAUAGGUCGGUGCAACCCAACCCCCAGCCUUUGCUGCGAGAUCUCCUGUGAUAGCCUCUUUCUGCUCCUCCCCCAGUGCUGCGGGGUGUGUGGGGGCCUCCCUCUGGCAGGAGGAGUGGGGGAGUGCUUCGUCUCUGGCAGCGUUAAGGGAGGCCCUUCUCCCUGGCAGUGGGUUUGGGUGUCCCCAUGGCGAUGUUGGGGAACCCCUUCCUCUGGCAGGGAGUAUUGGGAUGCCCCUCUCUGGCAAGAUUAGGAGUCUCUCCCUUUCCUUUGGCAGAUGGCAUUUAUUGGGGUCCCCUCCACCUGGCACGGUGGGUGUAUGUGGGGAGGGGUGGGGAUAAUCUGCUCCUUUUCAAAUCAAACCCCAAGCAGCUUCUCACCUCAAAAGAAGGGGGGCUCUUGCUAUAAGGGAAUGCUAAAUUAGAAACUUAAAUCAUGGGGUCCAUAAGCAAGAAGUGGGGGAGGUUAUUUGCACAGAGAGGGAAAUUAGGCUGAGUUGAAUUUCUCCAUUUAAUUUAGACUGUAAAGUGCCGAUGAGAUCACUUAAAAAGCAGUUCCUGGUCUGAUUGCUCCCUUGUCAUGCCAUGAGUUGUGGCAGUUAGGCCACUUAGCUUUCCUUCUCAGGAGUUUCAGAGUUCUAACCUCAAUUAGGAGUUGCUUUUUUGGUUGUUUUUGUGAUUGGUGGUAGCUCAUAGUCUGAGGUAUUAACAGGAUCUGGCUAUUUGAUUUUUUUUCUCUGGUCUCUGCAGUAGAUUCAGCAACUCAGGAUCAGAUGGAGGAGUGUAUUAGUUCAAAACCUGCUUUUCAGUGGUUCUUGUGAGAGGGGGAUGGAGAAUCAGGUCGGGAGUAUUUUGUGGGGGCUUGAAAAGCACAGUGCUUUAAGCAGUUGUGGUUGUACCUGAAGACUCAAAUGGGAAAACCUGAAGGGCUUUGGUUUGAAAAGGAUCACAUCACAUACUGUAGGCAUUUGCUCCCUCAAUUCCCACUUCAUUAGGCCUCUUUCAGUGGUUGCAUGUGAUUUCCAGGUCCUAGGUUCACAUCCAUAUCUACUUGAUUGGAAUAAAUAUUAUUUGAAGGGAGGUGGUGGGAACCCCAUUAUGUGAGAUUGGACUGGGCAGAAAAGAUUCACAGAUGCCUUGUUUGGAGUAGUUAACAGGUCUUUCCCAUUUAUGAUUUCACUAAUUGAAAUCAAACACCUAAAUUGGAAAACAGAUCAGAAAUUAAUCAAUGUAUAAUUGUACUUUAUUGUUGAUAUGGAAGUUUAAACUUAGUGAUGGGGCCUGUCAUCUAAUGGUAGUUUAUUUUUGUGAUGAGAAAUUUCAUUAGCCAGUUCUGUGGUGUAAAUUAAGGUCAUACAGUAAUGGCCUGAGAUAGAACAGCUGCAGCAAUUGUUGGGAGCAAACUCUAAGUAUGUGCAUGUAUGUGCAUAACAUUUAAAACCAAUAACAAUCUACAUUUGUAAGUUAAGGAGGUUUGCAUUUAUGAACAAAAGUUAGAAUCAGAUGAAACAUUAUGCACUAACCUUAUCAGCUCCUUUGGAAAUUCUGAUUUUUAUCCCCAACAGCAUGAAAUCUUUUCCCCCAGUUGAAGAAAGCCUAUUACUGUGGGAAGACUGGGGCAGAAAUUUGCCUGUGGAUAAACACCUUGAUAAACAAGACCAACGUAUCUCAAUAACAUUUUCUAUUAGUUAUAUGUACUUUCUUUGUUUUUGAUUUAGCAAGAUGGCUCAGUCAAGAAUUGUGUGUGUGAGGACUAACCAGCGGAGUGAAGUUUACUAUCUUAUUAUCUAUUGGUUUCUAAUAUUGACACAUAAAGGAGAAUAUGUCAAACGUUAUCUUAAUGCGGCACUUUUUCUGCACACAAAACCAUUUCUGCUUAGGAGAUGAAAUCACAUCGUUGGUUAUUGGUGCCAUUUUUAUGGUGAACCUCCUUAAGUUGCAUGUACAUGUUACUGUUCCUAUGUAUGUUUGUCUCUCUAUCACAUAACCCAGAACUUAUUUCCUCAGCCAAAUGGCUAGGGGCCGAGCCUAGCCAUGAUUUUACCUCCAAUGGACGCAAGUUUCUUUGGUGAAGAUCUCUCCUGAGAGUUCGGGACUAGCAGAAAGAAGCGAGAAAAUUUCGACCGUUUGGUUCUUACGGAUAGGUAUUUAUGUAUUCGGGUUUGUGUGAAUGUAAGCUAUUUGACUUUCCAGAAAAAGUAUUUUGCAAGUGACAUUGAAUGGUUGGUUGAACCAUAUACGGUAAGAACUAUUAAGGAAAUGGAUCCCAUUUAAACUAUUAAAGGAUACUUUUGCCUUUAAUUGUACUCUUAUUCUGUUAGAGAGGAAUUUAGAACUAUUAAAAUAUUUCAUUUUGAUAGUUGAUGUGAAGUGAGUAGCAAAAUUAAAUGUAACUUCUAAAAUGAGGCAUGUUUUAACAUAUUAGUGUUUUUUUUUCAUUUUAAUGGGUAAGUAUUUUUAAGUAGUCACACAAACCCAAACCCUAAGUUUUCUGCAUUGACCAGCUUUUUCAUCUUGCAGGUAUGAUGGACGUGGUCACCUCCAUGACCUCUCUGAAUAUGACGCUGAAUAUUCCACAUGGAACAGAGAUUAUCAGUUGUCUGAAGAGGAGGCUAGAAUAGAUGCCCUCUGUGAUGAAGAGAGAGGAAGAAUAUAAGAGACUGAGUGAAGCUUUAGCAGAAGAUGGUACCUAUAAUGCUGUGGGAUUCAGUUAUGGCAGUGAUUAUUAUGAUCCUUCAGAACCCACGGAGGAGGAGGAGCAGCAGGCCUCCAGAGAAAGAGAAGCAGCUCAGGCAGAAAAUGUUGAAGAAAAUGAAGAACCUUUCAUUGCUCCCUUGGGACUGAGCGUACCUCCUGAUGUAGAACUGCCACCAACUGCAAAAAUGCAUGCAAUUAUAGAGCGUACUGCAAAUUUUGUGUGCAAGCAGGGAGUUCAGUUUGAGAUUAUGCUGAAAGCCAAGCAAGCCCGCAAUUCUCAGUUUGACUUCUUGCGAUUCGAUCACUACCUCAACCCCUAUUACAAACUCAUUCAGAAGGCUAUGAAAGAGGGACGAUAUGCUGCUCCUUCCGAAAACAAAAUGGAAGAAAAAAAGAAUUCAAAAGUUAAUUCUGAUGAAGAGGAUGAUGAUGAGGAUGAUGAAGAUGGCAACUACCUGCAUCCGAGUCUCUUUGCCUCAAAAAAGUGCAAUAGACUUGAAGAGCUUAUGAAGCCUUUAAAAGUGGUGGAUCCUGAUCAUCCACUUGCAGCACUUGUCCGCAAAGCUCAGUCUGACAAUAACUCAUCUACCCCACAAUCAGCAGAUGGUGCAGCCAUACAGACAUCACAGGUGGACUAUCCUGCAGAUUCAACAGUCGCAGCCAUGUAUUACAGUUACUAUAUGCUACCUGAUGGAACCUAUUGCCUGGCACCUCCACCACCAGGAAUAGAUGUUGCUACCUAUUACAGUGCACUGCCUGCAGGGAUGACUGUAUCAAGCACUACAGGAGUAACAUCAAUGCCCCCACCUCCUGGUACUACUCCUCCGCCUCCCCCAGAUGCAACUGAUUCCAAUAGUGGGUUGACAUCUACUACACCUGCUGCAAGCACUAUUGCGCCAGUGGUUGCCAUUAUCCCUCCACCUCCAGAUAUCCAACCUGUUAUUGACAAGCUGGCUGAAUAUGUUGCUAGGAAUGGAAUUAAGUUUGAAACCAGUGUUCGUGCCAAGAAUGAUCUGAGGUUUGAGUUCCUGCAACCAUGGCACCAAUAUAAUCCCUACUAUGAAUUUAAGAAACAAUUCUUCCUUCAAAAAGAGAGCAGUGACAACUCUCAGGUUGUAUCUUUACCAGAUGAUGUUCCAGCAGAUACUGCUUCUGACACACAGGGUGAAACUCAGUUUCUGGAUGAUCACACUUCUGAAGAUACAUCUGAGAUGAGUGCUCCGGGAAUUAAAAAGGAUUCACCUGUCAGUAAAACUAUCAGUGAUGGUAAAUUGGUGAAAGCAUCAUUUGCUCCAAUAAGCUUUGCAAUCAAGGCCAAAGAAAAUGAUCUCCUCCCCUUGGAGAAAAACCGUGUUAAACUAGAUGAUGACAGUGAUGAGGAGGAGGAAGAGGGCAAGGAAGGCCAGGAGAAUGCUAGCAACUCUUCAAAUAAUAAUCCAACACUCGCCACUCUCUGUACUGCUGCUGAAGAGAAAAAACCUCAGCUUACCCAAGAGGAGUUGGAAGCCAAACAAGCAAAGCAAAAACUAGAGGACAGACUCGCAGCUGCAGCAAGAGAGAAGCUAGCACAGGCUUCCAAGGAAUCAAAAGAAAAGCAGCUUCAGGCAGAACGCAAACGGAAAGCUGCAUUGUUCUUGCAGACCCUGAAGAAUCCCCUGGCAGAAGCAGAAGUUGAGAAAAUUGAGGAGAAUUCCUUUAAUAUGGAGGCUGUCACUAACAUGCCAUGUCCUUUAUUGACUGGAGUCAGAACUUUACCCACCGUAGAAGUUAAAUCAUCAGAACGGCCUUCAAGCCAAAGCAAAGAUCCUCCCAAAGAAGAAGAAAAGGAAAAGAAAAAAAAGAAACACAAGAAAAGAUCUCGGACAAGAUCUCGGUCACCUUCCAAAUAUCAUUCGUCGUCUAAGUCCAGGUCUAGAUCACAUUCAAAAGCAAAGCAUUCACUUCCCACUGCCUAUAGAACUGUCAGGCACUCAAGACUCACAGCAUCCACAGGGACACUGAGCAUGGAGCCGAGUUUGAGCAACUCAUCAAUGGCAGCAGCAACAGAGCGAGAAAAUUAUCAGGCAGCUUCGACAACGAAAAGAUUUGACUGCUGGAGCUCUUUAGAGGGAAAUCCUGGUAAAACGUCAAGGUCACGAUCAAGAUCUCCUCGGAGAAGGCUCCACUCACCUGAAAGGCGAAGAGAGGAAAGGGCUGUUCCAACGGCUUAUCGCAUUAGUAACAGUCCUGGAAUGAGUAGGAAACGUACACGUUCCAGAAGCCCCCAUGAAAAGAAGAAGAAACGACGGUCUAGAUCAUGUACCAAGUCCAAAGCUAGGUCUCAUUCACCAUCCAUGUCACCAGGCAAACAGUCCACACAAAAGAACUCUGUACAUUCAACUAGUGUGUCUCCUGUGGAGAGUAGGGAAUCCAGCCAAGAACGCUCCAGGGGCGUUUCUCAGGAAAAAGAUGGCCAGAUCUCUUCAGCAAUCGUGUCUUCGGUGCAAAGUAAAAUAACUCAGGAUCUUAUGGCCAAAGUGAGAGCGAUGCUUGCGGCUUCCAAAAACAUACAAACUAGUGCCUCCUGAGACUUGAAUUGACCAUCAAGAAAACGGUGUGAAGAGGAACACUUCAAAAAAACUGCCUCAUUUCAAAUGUACAGCUGACAAAUUUAGCUCAUUUUGGUUCAGAUCUCUUUUGUCUAAAGUUAUCAAAACCUGAAGAACUGAAAACCUUAUCUGUACAGAACUGUCCCCUUGGAACUUCAAUGACUUUUUGCACCUAGAAUCUUCCUUGACAGCUUUUGGUUUUUGUAAAUUGAUUUUUUUUGACUAAUUCUUCAGUAAGAUUUUAUGAUCAGCAGUCUGUCUGUAUAUAUGUAAAUAUCAUGUUUCUGUGAUAAAGUAUUACACAAUAAAAGAGGACAGAAACACCUUUUAUUAGCUA